AUGGCAAGUUAUUCAGUGAUAUCAAAACUAUCUGUCAGAAAAACAGUUGAACAAACAAAUUCUCCAGCUGUGGAAAAUAAAGAAAUAAACAAUGAACUCAUUGAACAAGUUAAGGAACUAUUUCAAGAAUUAUUCUCGAAUAUAACCAAUUCUAGUAGAAUACAUUCAAUUUCGACAAUUUUUCUCAAAUUGAAUGAUAUUUGUCAUAAUUUGAUCACUGAAAAUAAUUAUAGUACCUCGUUUGCUUUUGAUAUUUUCAAUAUGAUCUUAAAAAAUUAUAUUAAAUUACUUGAUAUUGAUCAAUUUGUCGAUGGAAUUCAACAUCAUGAUUCAAAAGAAAAUAAUAAUUUACUUCGAAAAUUUUUUGAUAUCAAACGUCAUUAUGAUUUACAAAAAUUAAUUGAACAAAUGACGAUUAAAACUCGACGAGAAAUAUUUUUCUCUUUAUUAGACGAACUUAAUUCAUCAACACGACUUAUUUCAUAUCUUCAAAAUAAUAUGUCAAAUGAUAAUGAUACUGAUCAAAUACUAAUAAAUUCUUGUAGUUUUAUAUUAUAUGUAAUUUUAAAAAUUUUAAAUGAUUUACGAGUAAAAGUUACAGAUAAUGAUUUAGAAAAAUAUCAAAAUACCAUUUUAACUCUAUUUAUUACAUUUAUUAAUGAAUAUUUCAUUAAAAAGGAACAUUUAAGAGUAAAUGAAAAACAUCAUGGUACAUUAAUUAAAGAAAUAUUACAUUUUAUUUGUAAUAUAACUGAUAAAACAUUAACAAUACCAAUAUUUAUUAAUAUAAAUUGUCCACAAACAUGUUUACAAUGGUUAUCAUUAUCAUAUUUAAAUGGUUAUGAAUAUAAAUGUAUUAUCGGUAUUUUAAAUAAUAUUGCACGUCAUGAUGAAGGAGUAAUUGUUCUUAGUAAAUCUGACUGUGUAAAGAUCGUACGUCAAUUCAAGAAUGAAGUAUUGAAUAUAAAUAUCGAUUUUAUUAUUAAUAAAGACAUGCGCUCAGCGGUUUCUCUACUCUUAGAUUUAAUUCUUGCCUUAGUUGUCGAUCCAGAUGAACUUCAUGCUGAAGAAAUCAAUAGUGGUACAAUCAAUCAAGUAUUAUCAACAACUAAAAUUAUAUUAAAAUCUACUGGAUUUCGAUAUGAAGGAUGUCAUAUAUCAGAACUAUUUAUUGUCUUAAUGAAAUUAUGUACCAAUGAUAAUGUCAUUGAUUACAUUCUUCAACAAAAUCAAUAUCAGACAAUUUUUUUAGCAACUUUGAAAACAUUUCUAUCUGACAUAGAAAACGAAAAACUCAAUGAUGAUAAUUUUGAUAUGAAUGUUUUAACAAUCAUGGCUUUAGCAAAUAUUAUCUGGAGUAUAUCAUUUCAUGAUCGAUAUAAAAAUGAAUUAAUUCAAAAUAUUAAUACACUUAAGAAACUAGAAGUAUUUCGUGAAACUGAUACAAUAAAUUAUGUUUUGCCACGCAUUUACAUACCUCAUCAAAUGUUAUCAUUAAGAAGAACAAUUGAUGGAAUUUGGCAAAAUUUAUUUCCUUCAUUACCAUCAAAAUUAGAAAAUAAAUCUAUUAGUAAUAGAAAAAUAAUUUGUUCACUAAUGAUUAGUUAUUCUCAUGUUAACAUUGAUUUUUGUCGACAAUUAUAUGAUGUGUUAAGUACAAUACCUCAAUUAUCAAUUAAUGUUGAUAUUAAUACUGGUAAAUAUUUAUGGAAAGAAAUAUCACAAACUAUUGAACAAUCAGAUGUUGUUCUGUUUCUUCUAUCAAAAGAUUUCUUCUAUAAUAAAUCAUGUCGUCAAGAAUUAAUUUAUGUUACAGAUAUAUUGAAAAAACUUUUUCUUCCAAUUUUUAUCGAUCAUGAUUUUAAGCCAACUGGUUGGCUUCAUAAACGAAUAGCUCGAUUGAAAUGUAUUCGUUUUGGUGAAAUAAAUUUUAUGAAUACUUGUGAAGAAUUAUUGUCAAUGAUCAAUGAACAUCUUUAUAUGAACAUAUCUUUAGUUAGAAAUUCAUUAGAUAUCAAACAAUGGAAUGAUCAAGAAGUUAAACAAUGGUUUACAAAAAAUCAUAUUUUACCUGAAUUAUAUGAAUUCUAUCAAUUUCGAAAUGGGAAUGAAUUAUUAUUAUAUGGUCAAGCAAUAUUAGCAUUUCCAUGGAUAAAUGAAUAUGAAAGAAUAAAAUUAAGAUUUGAAGAAAAAUUUCAACAACAAAAACAAAAUCUUUCUCAAGAUCAAUUUUUACAAUUGAUUAAUGCAUUAGAACGUUUGCAAAAACAAACUUACUUCAAUUAA